UGUUUCACACUCGCACAGUUGGUCGUACAAGAGCGAUGACAGAAUGCCCGUUCAACAGAUAACACGAGACGAGAGAGCGAGUCGGGGUCGAAGCGCGCAAACAUGCUCGCCCCACUCCAUCGCUGCAAACGCUAAAUUCGGAUUGAUUGGAUGAUUGAUUGAUUUACGGGAUGAUCAUGCCCAGCGCCAGCGUGUCGGUGCGGAGUUUAUCCGAAGUGGAGAAACACCUCGGUAGCCGGAUGGACCGGAGUGCCGAGGGCAGCUUCCUCAGCCUCCCCGUGCGCCGAGGUUCCUCGGAGAACAACCUGGACCUGGACCAGGAGCGCAGCGACGCCGUCACGUCUCCAUCCUCGGAGGUCCAGCGCAGCCGCUCCUGCUUGGACAACCUCCAGCAGAAGAUCCUGAAAGUGACGGAGCGGCUGAAGAUCGAGCAGACGGCGCGGGACGACAACGUGGCCGAGUACCUGCAGCUGGUCAACGGCGCCGACAAGCAGCAGCUGGGCCGCAUCAAGCAGGUGUUUGAGAAGAAGAACCAAAAGUCGGCGCACAACAUCGCCCAAAUGCAGAAGAAGCUGGAGCAGUACCACCGCAAGAUGAAGGACAGCGAAGUCCAGCAUGCGCCGCCAGCGCCAGCCUCCUGCGGCAAACACAGCACCAUCCCCAGGGAGUCUCGCCGGGAGCUGCUGAGGGACAUGACGGGCAGCGGCAGGCACCCCACCAUGGACAAGAUCAAGACCAUCGGACCUGGCGUUUCCCUCUCACCUCCUUUCUUCUUCAGCAAGCCCAGAGAGUUUGCCAACCUCAUUCGGAACAGGUUUGGCAGCGCUGACAACAUCGCCCACAUGAAGGUCUCGGUGAGCGUGUCACCGCCGCUGCCGCCGCCGCCGCUGCCGCCGCCGCCGCCCGACGAGGCCAAGGCACUGAGCGGCGGCGGCGGCGCCUCGCCGGCGGCGGCCAAACCCAAAUACCCCAGCGAUGACGAGUGCUCCUCGGGCAGCGCCUCCAAUUCGGCCGACAGUAACGGCGUCCCGGGACAGGGCCGUCCGGCGGAGGGCGACGCGCUCGCCCGCCUGGCGGCCGGCGCGGAAGAGGCCCGAGUCAUUCGAGAGGCGCAGAACCAACUGGAGGAGGACAUGGAGGAGAUCAAGGCCCAGUUGAAGAGGGAUUUUGGCGUCCUCAGCCAAACGCUGCAGGAGGAGCGCUACAGGUCUACGCGUUUGGAGGACCAACUGAACGACCUGACGGAGCUUCACCAACACGAGAUGACGGACCUGAAGCAAGAGCUGGCCAGCGUGGAGGAGCGGGUGGCCUACCAGGCUCAAGAGAGGGCACGCGACAUCCAGGAGGCCCUGGAGUCGUGUCAGACGCGCGUAUCCAAGCUGGAGUUCCAGCAGCAGCAGCAGCAGACGGCGCAACUGGAGAGCGGCGACGCCCGCGUUCUGCUGGGCCGCAGCAUCAACAUCAUGCUGGCCAUCAUCACCGUCAUCCUGGUGUGCGUCUCCACCGCCGCCAAGUUUGCCGCCCUGCUCCUGAGGAGCCGCCGCCACGUGGCGGCCACCUUGCUGGCCCUCUGCCUCCUCGCCGCCUUCUGGAAGAACCGCGAGCGCCUGCACUUUGCCAUCGACCGACUGCUGCUGCCCGCGUAGCGCCCGCUGGCCGGCCGUUGCUCGUGCGCCUUGGGCAGACGGCAAUCUGGCUCCCUGACCAUUCCGCUUGGCAACAAUCUCACAUGCGUCACUACAAGUUGUGACUCUGGUUGACGUUUGUGCGUUGUCCUGCUCAGGCUUCCACGUUUUGUUUUGAAACGUCUUUGAAGGACCGGCGCAUUCCAGAAGGAUCGUAGCAAAAAUGUGCCUUCAGAAAAAGUUGGAUCAAAUUGCUGACUGGGCGGAACGAGGAAGCGUGCCCGCCCGCCCGCCUUCCUGACUCCUCCGGAAGCAAUCGUGACAAAUUGACAAGCGUAGCAAUUGACAAGUGUACGUACACUCAAUAUCUGAAAAUGAACUUCCACUUACUGUCGUGUUUAGCUUUAGUCUUUUGUUUUUAACCGAAUCUAAUCUUUGUGAUUGAUGUCAUUUUUUUUUUUUUUUUU